ACUCUCCACCCAACUCACUGACUCACCAAAUGCAGCAACUCAUUGUGUACAAAUAGAAAAAACAUUUAUACAGACAGCAAAAUAUGCAUUGGGUCUUCUUUUUUUUUUUUUACCUUUUGGAGAGAGCUAGCUUGAGAAAUAAGUUCAUAGGGAAAAAAUUAAAAAAAUGCUGCAGUGAAACAUGGAGGUUUUGAUCAUAGCUCAUGAGGAUGGGAGUUUCUUGCUUUGCACCAAAUUUCAUCUGCUGAUAAAUGAUGGAAGAAAGAUGAAGCCAAAUUGAUAUCCUUGCAGGCACAAUUCAAUGAACUUUUUUGGUUGAGAGGUGGUGUUCUACACAUCACUGAUUGGAUCGUGACUUGUUUAAGCUCCAAUUUUGGUGGCAGUACUUUUAUCCAACAGUUUUCAUACUUCAAGAAACCAAUUGAAGAAGUUUUUAGGGGGUUAAAUCCAUCCUGCAGUAGCUAUUUGUUUCUUUCACUGAUUGUAUAGUUCCAACCUGUAAAGCUUUGAUUUUAACGAUGCUCCCAAGCUCUAAUAUGGAUGAUGAACUGAAAUUUCAGCAGCGGUGGGAGAUUAGGAGGAGAGAAAAUGAGUUUGACUCUUCAAGCGAGGAGUCCAAAUCAAGUUCAAGUAGCCAGCCGGUUCUCAAGAAGCUUAAACUAGUUUCCAGCUUUGCUUCUGAUGAAAAUGAUGAGGCCAUAGGUACUGAUAGAGUUCAUCAGAAGGGCAAGUAUGUUCCUGGCACCGGCCGGGGAAAAGUUAAAUUUAGGAAAGCUAAAAAAAUGCAUGUUGAAAGGAGAAGAAAUGACAAUUUAGUUAAUAAUGUGAUGGAGAGGGAUUCUCAUGGAGAACUUGGUAAAAAGAAGAAUAAUACUAAUGCUUAUGAUCCUGCUGCUGCACUGGAUGAUGUUAAAAUCUUCAUGGAGUCCUUGUUGGAGGAUCUUAAAAGUACAAGAGAAAACUUGUUUAGAUGGAUGAGGGAGGAAAUGCAAAAAAUGGUGGCAGAUGAUACUGCUCCAAAAGCAGAAAGUAGAAAAGGCAGGUAUGGAAGGGGGAAAAACCAAAUGCAACACCAAAACAACUUUGAGGAGGACAUUGUACAACCUCAAAAAGAUUUGAAGUCCGGCACGAGAGAUCGAACUUCCAAUCAUGGAUCUCUGAAUAGGUGUAUUGAUAGCAAUGAGGCAGCUGGUUCGAAGAAUCACUGUCAGGCCCUUGAAGAUCAAGUUGAGUAUGGCAAAACUACUGGAUCUAUGGCAUCAAUAGCGAAUGAAAAAGGAGAAACUAGGUUGGUGCCAUCUAUCAUUCAAAAUUUUCAGUCAGGUCACUCAGUACAAGUGCAACAUCAGAAGAAUGUUGUUUUAGGCUUAAGAGCUCAAAACUGCAAUGAUGGGUCUUCAGAGAGAUCUGUAAAAGGCAAAAGGACUGCUGAAUUUAACAAUUGCUCAAAAGGACUUGGAUUUUUGCCAUCAGCUGAAAAGGCGAAAGGAGAAAGGUUGGGAUUAACUGCUAACCCAAAUUCUUUUUCUAAUUCCUCUAAUCAGGUGGCUUCUUCUAUGUAUUUGACAUUACCAACUGUCCUACCACAGCCCUGUGUAGAGAAUUACAGGCUUGAGACUUCUUCAUGCAAUUAUGUUCACCCAAGAACUGAUGUAAACAAAAGGGAUGUGUAUUCAGAAGAUGCAAAUGUGAUGAUUAAUUCAAGUGCUAAUCGCGGAUGGUUUUCUGCCAUGCAGCAAGAAGAAAGACUAGGAAGCUUUGCUCUAAACCAAAGCAUCAUCCCAGCCUCAAGAAGCAUUGGCGCUGGACUCCAAGCACCACUUCAUCAGACUAGGAAAAAUGUACCCAAAGAAAAUCACAACAUAAUAGGUCUAACAAUGAAUGGAGGAGCAAUAAGAUUUUCUGGGGGAAACCAUGCAUUAUCAGAACAAUAUGCUGCCAACAACUUUCACAGGCAUUCCAAUUGUAUUCCUGAUACAGGACUCACGGGGUAUCAAAUCUCAGACUUACAAGAAAGUCGUUUGUUUCCAAAGUAGUUUGAAGGGAAUGGACACUAAACAGAAAAAAAAAAAAAAAAAAAAAAAAAAAAACAUCUCCAUUUGUUUCCAUGAAUAUAGAGCCUAUGAUGACUUGUCUGAUCAUUCUUUCCAAUACCCUGCUGACUAAAAAAGUCUUAUUCCUUGAUUUGCUUCAACUCAGAUUGAGGUUUCUCUAUCAGUAGAAAGAGGAAAAGGUUUGGGAACUUGAACAGUUCCUCAUUUGGGAGGGAAUGUUAAAGGGGGUUAUUCUGUACCAGGAAAAGUGACUAUAAAUUCUCUCUUUAGAUCAUGAUGGGAUUGAUUGUAUGAAGAAUGGUGUGUGAGAGAGGUGGAAUGUUCAUUCAAUUGUCUAGCAUCUGCUUUUUAAUCCUUAGUGGGGGUAUCUGAAUCUAAAUUUUGAAGGUCUACUUUUCUGUCCUGGUUCAGGUAUGUGCCUAAAUAUCUUCCUAUUAAAGUACCCAUGAGAUUGUAACUAAAAUCCAACAACAUAAGAAAGCCUUUGCAGCUGGAUAUAUGCCUCAACUGUGUUACAA